AUGGAGGUAAACCGGGUUGAUGAUAUCAACGAUGCUAUCUACAAGUUAGGAGUCAUUGUGGGCGAAAAAACUGAUCUGACGGGAAUGUCGCCCCUUCACAAAGCGUGUCAGUAUGGCCGUGUACAGAAUGUUGAGAAACUCAUAAACGAGGGCGCUGAUGUGCUGGCGACAAAUGACGUAUAUCCUUCGGUUCUUUGUCGUGGGUGUAUUCACAAUCAGAACGAGCAAGGUUUCAACCAGCGAGAUUACGUGGAGAUCAUUAACCUACUGUGUUCGUCCUCUAGGAGGCUCCUUGAAAUGAAAGAUGCGACAGGCAUGACUGCAGCUGAACUUGCUAAGAAAUAUCAAGACAACGUUCUCCAACAGCUGUUAGAAAAAAAGGUUGAAAACUUGAGGAAUGAAAGAGAAAAAGCAGAGGAGAAACGGAUCAGGAACAAGCCCAAGGUUCGGAGGCUGUGA